AGUCCCCUUAGCGUUGCCCUGCAAAAUCUCUACUUCUCCAGACAAUGGAAACCCUAGAUGAAGCAGAGCAAUCGAUGACAGCAUACAAGAAAGCAAAUAUUUCAAUCCCAACCGAAAUCAUCGAAGAUAUCUUCUCCAGAGUCCCCGUCAAAUCCAUUCUCCGAUUCAGGUCCCUCUCUAAACCAUGGCUCUCGCGCCUCUCCUCUCCAUCAUUCAUCAAACUUCGCCCCCACCGCACCGCCUUUUUCAUUUCCGCUUACGAUAAAUCCACUCGCAAACGACACUUUCUUUCCGCCUCCUAUGACGGUGGCCCCGUCACUCAUGUUAUGACACUGAACGACGUUGGUUAUGCUGAUAUAACAGAAGCCCAACAUUUGAACGGGUUGGUAUGUUUUGCUUGUGUCAAACGGCGUUCCAGAUACUAUGACGCUCAAGUUUUCGUUGUUAACCCUAGCACACACAAGGUUUUUAAACUCCCUCAACUAGAUUCGGAUUUUUCCAAGUACCCUUUACAAAAGGGGUGUUACUUAUUUGGGUUUGAUGAGACUAAAAACGAACAUAAGGUUUUAAUCAUUAGGAAGUCUUCUCAUAUAAUGGAGAUUAUGAUUUACUCUAUGUUAAACUAUUCAUGGAGAAAGAUCUAUUUAGAGCCUCCUGUUGGUUUUGAAUUUUGGGAGAGUUUGGCCUUUGAAAACGACUAUGACUUCUACGACAUUGCUUGUGUGAAUAGUGUAGUGCAUCUAAUGCUUAUAGAUACACAUGACAUUUUGGGGUUUGACUUGAGAACAGAGAAGUUUACGAUAAUUAACACUCCUCAAGGUGUGAAGCCCCAUGAAUUUGAUGAUUACGUUAACGUACCUUUCAUGAUAAAAGUCAAUGGCUGUAUAGGAGUUGUUUGUCAUGAUCUUGUGUUGGAAAACAAUGAAAUCCAUAUCUGGACAUUACAAGACUAUGAAAAUCGUGUUUGGGUCAAAGAAACCAUUACGUUUCCCAAGUCUUUUAUCGAACUAGGCGAGCCUUUACCUAUAGAGUCUGUUAAUAUGGAUGAAGUUAUCUUUUCCAGGUUCAAGUUUUCUCCGAAUAUUGAAAAGAGUGUAUCUAUCUAUAACAAGAAGAGCAAAUGUUUUAAAGAUUUGCCAUUCACUCUGGGUCAUCAAAUUCCAUUGUCAACCACCGUGGAAGUCAAACAAAUCGGGUAUUAUGUUGAGAGCAUGGUGCCUUAAUAGACGAGCACGACAAGGCUUGAUGAUUCUGUGGAAGUUCUUCCAUGAGCGUAUGCUUCAAUAGUUUGUUUCUAGUAGUUGGUUUCUAUAUCUUACUUGGCAAUUCAGGUUUGCAUUUUGUUGGUAUCUCUUUGAUGUAUGCUCUUAUGAAGCUAAAAUAGUGUUUUUAGUUUUAACCUACCUACACCUUUGGAUAUUGUGUUCCCUAAACAAGUUUUGCUAAAUCAUAAACCGAACCGUUUUAAAUUA